ACCGGAAGUGCGUGCGCUCCUUUUCCGUCCGGGCGGAAACGCAGAUGUUUUGCACCUGAUUUGUGUUUUGAGCAACUUUAUGGGAUCAAAGCGACGCGAUUUGCGCCUUAUUUUUUGUCUAUUAUCGUCUCUCAUCGUUGCAGUUACGUUAUGGACCUUGAGCUUUAUGGGCUCUGAAACUCCAUCAAGCAACACAGCAGCUGCAGGACCCAUGCCUGAUCAAACCCUGGCCUACUUCCUACAGAAAGGCUCUAUAAAAGAGCCCAAUGCUGCAGAUAUCCAGUGGUACCAUGCAGCCAACAGCAAGCACAAGAUCACAGAAGCCCUCAGAGACAGGACACAGAUGAUCGAAGCCGACGUGCUGCUCCGGGGCCGUGACCCGAAGGAACCCGUGAUGGCACACCCACCACACGAUGACAGUGACAUCACGCUGCGAGAGUGGCUGGAAAUGGUGGGGAACUCGGACAAAGGGAUCAAAUUGGACUUUAAAAGCCUGGAUGCAGUGGUGGAGUCAAUGGCCCUUCUGGACAAGGUUCGUCAUCGACUAAAGGGGCCUGUGUGGCUCAAUGCAGACAUCCUGCCAGGGCCUGGAGGCACGGCCACACCUUUGGACGCUCAGGCCUUUUUACAAGCAGUGGCCACGAAAGAAGGAGACACGCUUUCUUUAGGAUGGACCACUGGAUGGUCUCCGAAUAAAGACAACCCAGGUUACAGCUGGGAGAUGGUUCAGCAGAUGGAGGAGGUGUGCAAGAACCUGACUCAGCAGGUGACAUUCCCAGUACGAGCCGCUCUUUUACCUCAGUCCUUCUUUCAAUUCCAGUGGCUCCUGCGACAGUCAGACAGAUACACUCUGACCAUUUGGACAGGUCAGAGUGAUGUGCUGAAUGUGGAGGAUCUGUUACCCUACAGGCAAAGUUUCAGCAAGUCCAGGAUCUACUAUGACCUCUUAGAAAAUCAGAUUUCAAAGUUUAAAAGCUUACCCGGGUACACACUGUCACAAUAAUAAUGCAGCUCUGAGAUAUUCUCCAUCAAACUGGGUGCAGGAAGUGGGAAAUGUGUGUUGGAGUUUAUUCAUGCCUCUAUGAUGAUGAUGAUGAUGUGUCUACAAAAAAACAGAAAUAGUAUACACACUAUUAUAUAGUGACACGUUUUGGUGGGCUAAAGCCAAGAACCAAGUCAAGGGCAUUGGUUUUGAACUUUUAGGGCUCCACACAAUGAUGGCACGUGUCUACAAGACCGACUUGAGCUGUAAAGUGUAGUAAAACGUGUAAUAAAUGAAUAUUUACUAA